CUGUCUCCUCCUUCUACUCUGCCGGUGCUGAAACCUGCCUGUGUAAGACCACGAGUCGAUUAAAAUGUUGGGUGGAGGACAGGUCCUAGUUCUGAACCAGAACAUCAAGAGAGAGUCUGGCCGUAAGGUGCAGACAGGCAACAUCAGCGCGGCCAAGACCAUCGCUGAUGUCAUCAGAACAUGUCUCGGACCGAGGGCCAUGAUGAAGAUGCUGCUGGAUCCCAUGGGUGGGAUCGUGAUGACCAACGAUGGCAACGCCAUCCUUAGAGAGAUCCAGGUGCAGCACCCUGCAGCCAAGUCCAUGAUUGAGAUCAGUCGUACGCAGGACGAGGAGGUGGGAGACGGAACCACGUCUGUCAUCAUCCUGGCUGGUGAAAUGUUGGCCGUGUCGGAGCAGUUUCUGGAACAGCAGAUUCACCCUACAGUUGUAAUCAGUGCUUACCGACAGGCACUGGAGGACAUGCUCAACACACUCAAGGAUAUCAGCACUCCUGUAGAUGUGAAUGACAGGAAGAUGAUGCUGCAGAUCAUUAACUCUGCCAUCAACACUAAGGCCUUGAGCCGCUGGUCUGGCCUGGCCUGCAGCAUCGCCCUGGACGCCGUGCGCACCGUGGAGACAGAGGCCAACGGCCGCAAGGAGAUCGACAUCAAGAAGUACGCCAAGGUGGAGAAGGUUCCAGGUGGCAUAAUCGAGGACUCGUGUGUGUUGAACGGUGUGAUGGUGAACAAGGAUGUGACACACCCCCGCAUGCGCAGACUGAUCGAGAACCCACGCAUCGUGCUGCUGGACUGCUCUCUAGAGUACAAGAAGGGAGAGAGCCAGACGGACAUUGAGAUCACACGUGAGGAAGACUUCACCCGCAUCCUGGAGAUGGAGGAAGAGUACAUCCAGCAGAUCUGUGAGGACAUCAUCAGGGUGAAGCCCGACCUGAUGUUCACAGAGAAGGGAGUAUCAGACCUGGCUCAGCAUUACCUCAUGAAGGCCAACAUCACAGCCAUCCGCCGCAUCCGGAAGACCGACAACCACCGCAUCGCCAGGGCGUGCGGUGCUCGUAUAGCGAGCCGGACGGACGAGUUGCGGGACGACUAUGUGGGCACGGGCGCCGGUCUGUUUGAGGUGAAGAAGAUCGGAGACGAGUACUUCACCUUCGUCACCGAGUGCAAAGAGCCCAAAGCCUGCACCAUCCUCCUGAGAGGAGCCAGCAAGGAGAUCCUGGCGGAGGUGGAGCGUAAUCUGCAGGAUGCCAUGCAGGUGUGCCGUAACGUGCUGCUGGACCCGUGCCUGCUGCCUGGUGGGGGCGCUGUUGAGAUGGCCGUGUCCCAGCGGCUGACGGAGCGCUCACGCUCGCUGACCGGCGUGGAGCAGUGGCCCUACCGAGCCGCCGCACAGGCCCUCGAGGUCGUGCCGCGCACGCUCAUCCAGAACUGCGGAUCCAGCACCAUCCGCACACUCACCUCCCUCAGGGCGAAGCACAGCCAGGAGAAGAACUCUGCGUGGGGGGUGAACGGGGAGACAGGCACCCUGGCAGACAUGGCAGCGCUGGGCAUCUGGGAACCGCUGGCCGUCAAGGCCCAGACCUACAAGACUGCAGUGGAGACGGCUAUCCUGCUCCUGCGCAUCGAUGACAUCGUGUCGGGACACAAGAAGAAGGGUGACGAGCAGACGGGCGGAGGCCAGGGGGCGGAGUAGAGACGCCACGCCGCGUCACGUCACGUCACGUCGCCCGGGAGACAGAAGUCGCAAAGAGCCACCGUGUAUCAUGAUCACCUUUUAUAAUCACUAAACGAGUCAGCCGAGUCACCACUACCAAACGCUACUGAUAGAGUUUCACCUUUAUGGUGUUCACUUGAAAUAUAUUUCCCCACUGGAGAGGCCUUGUUUGACCUGUAGACAGGAGAUCAUAGAGGCACACAGUAUAAGAGAACACAGGUACAGCAUACAGUACAAGAGAACACAGGUACAGCAUACAGUACAAGAGAACACAGGUACAGCAUACAGUACAAGAGAACACAGGUACAGCAUACAGUACAAGAGAACACAGGUACAGCAUCUCUCGCUCUCCAUCUCUCCCGAGGUCUUCCUGUAAACCAAAUACAUUUCUUUUUCAGUUC